AUGUCGGUUUUAAGAGUCACUACAGCUUCAUUAUCGCGCAAGGCGAUCACCGCCGGUAGGCCGAGAGUCUACCUAGGACUGCGCUGCAGCGUAGGCCCACUACUCCCGACCGCUCGACCGACCUACUACUCAACCAGUGCGCCACGACUGUCUCUUUCUCCCAAGGUCGAACGUGGCGCUUCAAAACUGUUUAAAGAUGCCGAUGCUGCAGUCGCUGAUAUCAAGAGCGGAUCGACGAUCUUGAGUUCUGGCUUCGGUUUAUGCGGGGUUGCUGAGAGUUCUAUUCUAGAAACUAUUAUCAACGCUAUGGGCCGUCGAGGUCCCGAUCAAUUACAUUCCUUGACGGCGGUCUCGAAUAACGCUGGCUCGGCUGGCAAGGGUGGGCUCUCUACAUUGUCGCAGAACGGACAGUUGAACCGGCUCAUCCUGUCAUAUCUGGGAAAUAACAAGGUAUUGGAGAAAAAAUAUCUAUCCGGCGAUAUUGCAAUCGAGCUUUGUCCCCAGGGAACAUUGGCCGAGCGACUGCGUGCCGGUGGCGCGGGUAUCCCUGCCUUCUUCACCCCCACUGGAGCCCACACUUUUAUCGAGGAGGGUAAGAUCCCUGUGCGUAUGGAUGAGUCAGGCAAGGUGUUGGAAUCGGGAAAGCCGCGCGAGACUCGGGAGUUCAAUGGCAAGAAGUACUUGAUGGAAACUGCCUUGACUGGUGAUGUGGCGAUUUUGCGAGCUUGGAAGGUCGAUGAGGCUGGAAACUGUGUUUUCCGUUACACCACCAAGGCCUUUGGUUCCAUCAUGGCAAAAGCCGCUGCCCUUACCAUUGUGGAAGCCGAGAACAUCGUUCCUGUUGGCUCUAUUGACCCCAAUGAUGUGGACCUGCCCGGUAUCUUUGUCGAUCGCAUCGUGCCGGCAACCGAUGAGAAGCAUAUUGAGAACAAGAAGCUGCGAGAGAGUGAGGCUGGCGACAUGGAGGGCUCGAACAAGAGCCAGGCUCAAAUUGAACGAGAAAGGAUUGGCCGAAGGGCGGCUAAGGAGUUGAAGCAAGGGUUCUACGUCAACCUGGGUGUUGGUAUUCCCACUCUGGCUCCCUCAUUCUUACCCAAAGAUAUUAAGGUCUGGGUCCAAUCCGAGAAUGGAAUCCUUGGAAUGGGACCCUACCCGACUGAAGAGGAAGUUGAUGCUGAUAUCAUCAAUGCCGGUAAAGAAACCGUGACCCUGAUCCCAGGUGCUUCCACCUUCGACAGCACCGAGUCCUUUGGCAUGAUUCGCGGUGGCCACGUCGAUGUCUCGAUUCUGGGAGCUUUGCAAGUUAGCGCGACCGGUGAUUUAGCCAACUACAUGAUUCCCGGCAAGGUAUUAAAGGGUAUGGGUGGUGCUAUGGACCUCAUCUCGAACCCCGACAAGACAAAGAUCGUGGUUGCGACAAGCCAUGUGGCGAAGGAUGGAUCCCCUAAGAUUGUGCAGAAAUGCAGUCUGCCCCUUACUGGUGCCAAUGUAGUGAGCACCAUCAUCACCGAUUUGUGUGUCUUCCAGGUGAACCGGGCUACUGGUGAGCUCACUUUAACCGAGCUGGCUCCUGGCGUUGAAGUGGAGGAAGUUCGCAGUAAGACCGAUGCCAAGUUUGCUGUUGCGGAAAUACUAGAGAUUAUGGAUUAA